UAAUUUUUCCCCUGAGCGGCAGUCUCUAUCUGUGCUUCACGGGUGAUCCUGUCAGAGCGUGCAGACUAAGAUUAUUACUCUUCAUCAUGGUUGAGCAGUUUGUCGGAACCUGGACUCUCACCUCCAGCGAGAACUUCGAUGAAUACAUGAAAGCAAUCGGUGUGGGCUUCGCCACCCGCCAGAUGGGCAACAUGGCGAAGCCUAACCUGGUGAUCAGCGUGGACGAUGCUGGCUUUGUUUCCAUGAAGUCUGAGACGACUUUUAAGACCACAGAGAUCAAGUUCAAGCUGAGCGAAGAAUUCGAGGAGACUACUGCAGACGGCCGAAAGACCAAGACCGUCAUCACUUUUGACAAUGGCAAACUGGUGCAGCAACAGACCUGGGAUGGAAAGACAACCACGCUAGAGCGAGAGAUUCAGGAUGGAAAACUAACAGCUAAAUGUGUCAUGGAUGAUGUGGUUGCAGUGAGGACCUAUGAAAAGGCUUAAAGAUCUCUCAUUUAGACUACAUACAAGACCCCAAAUGCACUGAGCUUUUGCCAAACAUGCCAAUAAAAUCUGAACUGUGA